AUGAUCUGUAAAAUAUUCUUCAUUGUUCUUAUUUGUUCAAUUGGAACAAUUCAUAGUUUAUUGAAUGUUCAAGAUUUUAUCGAUUCGAUUUUAAUCAACGAAAAAAACAAAAUCAAUCUAAUUGAAAAUGAUCCAAUUUUAUUUCAACGAAUUUAUAAUUAUUUUCAAUUACAUUAUCGUAAAGAGAAUUUCAACAAAAAAGUCGAUUGGAAAAAAUCUGAACGUACUCAAAUCUUUAAAUCCAAUUUAAAAUAUGUUCUUCAACAUAAUGAAAAUCCAUUGAAUACGUUUAAAUUAAAAAUCAAUGAAAUGAGUGAUUGGACUGAUUAUGAAAGAGAUCAACUUCGAACCAAAAUCACCAAUGAACCAUUAAAUCGAAAUCAACUAAUUCAAUCACGUCAACAUAUUCAAAUUCCAGAUUUUUAUGAUUGGACCAAUCAAAAUCGUGUUCCAGGUGCGGUAACACCUGUGAAAAAUCAACGUCAUUGCGGUUCAUGUUACGCAUUUGCUAUGGUUGGUGCUUUAGAGAAAACUUAUGCUCAAAUUUAUAAUCAAUCAGGUCCAUUAAGUCCACAAGAAUUAAUCGAUUGUUCAUAUGCAAAUGGUUGUGAAGGAGGAAGUUUUACAGAUACAUUUAAUUAUAUUCGAGAUAAUGGAUUUCGACUUAAUUUAGAAAAAGAUUAUCCAUCAACAAUUGAUGGAAAACAACGAGAAAAAUGUGAGAAAAAGACGGGAGUUCUUCUUUCAUUUAAUUCGAAAUAUCCACUUCAAUAUGAACAAUUACCAAGUGAAGAUGAAACAUAUAUGAAACAAGUUGUUUAUACACGUGGACCAAUCUAUUUCUCAUUUAAUUGUGGAAAACGUGAAGGAAAUGAUACAAUUUUACGAGAAGUUUCAAAUAAAUUUGAUCAUUAUGCAUCGGGCAUUUUCGAUGUUCCCGGUUGUCCAGCUUAUCGCAAUAUGAAUCAUGCUUUAGUUAUUGUUGGUUAUGGUACAGAAAAUGGAAUUGAUUAUUGGAAAGUCAAAAAUUCCUGGGGAACUUCAUGGGGUGAUAAUGGAUAUAUCAAAAUCCGACGAAAUAAAAAUAUGUGUGGAAUUGCUUCAUAUCCUUAUUAUGUGGGAUUAUUUUAA